GGACGCAGGAUGUGCUGGGGAAUGCACAAAACAACAGCUGCUACGAUGAGAGAGAAAGAGAGAUGUCUCGUUUUCACUUUCUCCUUUUCGCUUUAAAGCUUGCCGGGUGAUUCUACAUGAAGCAGAUGAAUGGGGGGAAAUAAAAAAAAACGAUGCACCAACGACCACCGUGCAUUCCCGGCGCUGCUUCUUGUUAGACGCAAGGUAUUUCCCGGUUGAUUAUCGGAUAGUGUCAGUAGUAGCCUGUGACCGGAGCUGCUGCUGGUGUCUUGACCACAAGCCUACUCCCGGUGUGGAUAUGACUUCCUGGCUACGUAAAUACGACAAUCCUGUGCUGCUCUUCCUGCUUUUGGCCGCUAACAUCACCAGCGGGAGCUCGCAUUCCGGUGAGCGUGUGUGUUCGUCUCCUCCUGUCUCAUCAUGUUCAGAGUGCCUCCAACGCGGACCACGGUGUGCCUGGUGCUUUCAGGAGCGUUUCCUGGAUGGAGCUGAGGUGGGAGAGCGCUGUGACCUGGCAGUGACCCUGGCCAGGAGGGGGUGUGGCCUAGAAUUCAUAGAGCAUCCAGAGGUCAUGGUGGAGGUCAACCCUACGACCAGCAGAACCCAGGUUUCACCUGGAGAGAUCACACUCACACUCCGACCAGGUGCUGAGACCAGUGUGGUAGUAGCAGUACAACAGUUAGAGAGGUAUCCUGUUGAUCUGUACUACCUGGUGGACGUAUCAGCAUCCAUGCAGGACAACCUGGACCAGCUGAAGAAGGUGGGCGUGGCCUUGUCCACCCGUAUGAGAGAACAUUCCAGUGAUCUGCGCCUGGGGUUCGGCUCCUUUGUCGACAAAAAUGUCUCUCCCUACAUCAACGUACACCCCUCCAAGAUAAACAACCCCUGCAGGUAG